AUGUCUGGCAAAUUUCUAAAAGCUGCCGUUGGUCGGGGAUUCCGAGAAGCCGGUGCUGCAUUGAAGGAACAAGGUGGAACAGAGCUUGUCUCUCGACACCGACCGAAGAUGACCUUCCUCGGUCUAUCACCAUUCGUCACCAACGACACCUUUAUUGCCCCAUCCGCUUCUGUAAUUGGUGAAGUUACCAACUGGGAUCAAUCCAGUGUCUGGUACGGUGCUGUCGUCCGGGCUGAUUCGUCGCAUCCAAUCACCAUUGGAUUCAACUCUAGCGUUGGGGAGGGAUCCGUCGUUUCCACCUUGGGAAAGAACGGAUCCCUCAAGACUGGAUUUCCUCCCGUCUGUCACAUUGGUCACUACGUUACUGUUGGUGCUGGAUCCGUCCUAAAGUCGUGCCGUGUCGAUGAUCUAGUGGUCAUUGGCGAAAAGUGCACCAUCAUGGAGGGCAGUUUGAUUGAAUCCAAUGUCAUGUUGGAGCCAGGAACUGUCGUUCCUCCCUAUGCCCGCAUUCCUUCCGGACAAAAGUGGGGCGGCAACCCUGCUGCCUUUGUUGCCAACUUGGAUGCCAAUGAGUUGGAAUCCAUCAAGGCAAAAUCGACAGAGAUUCAUCUACGAGCCAAGGAGCAUUUACUGGAGUUCUUGCCAGUGGGCAGCACUUAUGUUCACUUGGAAGAGUUGGAACGGCAGCAAAGUGAUUAA